AGGGGAAAAGAAAUGCGUGCCGUUCAAACAUUUAGACUACGUGCUGCUUUAUGUUUGCCAAAGCUAAGUGGUUGCCGUCUUGGGACAUCGCCAACAAAUGUGAUUACCCCCAGAGGAGAGAAAGAGAGACAAGGGAGAAAGAGAUGUAUCUGAAGAGACCGAUAUGGAGCGAUGGCGCGUCAGCAGCAACGCCGGAGAAUCCGUCGGAAUCGGAGAACGGAGAGGAUUCAGACGCGGCGGCGAUGGUAGUUGAAGAGCUGGUGACUUCUCUCAAUACGCAGAGACUUUACAGGGAGCUGACACUAUCCCUUAGGACCGGUUUACGCGAUGCUUGCGCUGAAUUCUCCUUCCUUCGUAUCUGUGGCCUUAGAUCUCUUCUCAAAACUCUCCGAACUGUCGCCGAUUCAGAUUCCAUCAUCCGCCUCUUCUCUCAUACCCAAACCAUUUCCGAUCUCCAAUUGGUUCCGGUGCUUUUCCGACAUUCGUUGAAAGAAGCGGAGGAUGAUAGAGUGACGAGCUUGGAUCAUAUAUUCAGUGUGGAGCCGAUGAAGAUAACGAGUCCUUCUACGGAUGCUGAGGUCGCGGUUGCACUUAGGGUUCUCGAAGGAUGCUGUCUUCUCCAUCCUCAGAGCACUGUUCUGGCUCAUAAGCACGGUGCAGUCCGCGUAAUGAUGAAUGUAUUAUCAACACGAGGAGUACUUGAGCAAGGGGCCUGCUUGGAUGCCUUAAUCUCAGUAUUGUUGGAUUCAUCAGCAAAUCAGGUGGAUUUUGGAGCCUGCAAUGGCAUUGAAGAGGUUGCAAUGCUCAUGCGAGACAAACAAGCUGAUGAAAACCUCAGGUUAAGAUGCGGAGAGUUCUUACUACUGUUAGUUGGACAUGUGAAUGGGAAGGAUCGUUCUCCCAUUGCAAGUGUAAAUGAAGACAUCAGGCGCCUCUUGGGUGAAAAAUCUGCUUCUUUAAUAUGGGCGGCGAGUCAAUUCGGUUCAACAGGUGAUCCUGAACAAAGAAUCACUGCUCUUCAUAUCCAGGCUGGUAGAGUUCUCGAGUCUCUUGACUUGUACUGAUUGUCAAACUACUUACUUUUUUUUUUUUUUUUUUUUUUUAAACAUAAAACCAAGUUAUUAUUAUUUGUAACUAUGUAACAACACUCAUGGAAAUAGAGUUGUUUAAUGAUGUUCCACUUCCGAAUAACAAA